AUGGCAGGCUCUCAUGUGUCUGGACACUUAUCGUUGUCUCUUCCGUGUUUCGACGCCGCUCCUCUGUUAAACUCCAAAGCGCCGCAGGUCACGGGCGUCCGAGUCCAACUGGAAAUGCAAAUGUUGUGGCAACAAUUUGAUCAACUGGGCACAGAAAUGAUCGUCACCAAGGCUGGACGGAGGAUGUUUCCCACUUUCCAAGUCCGAAUCUCGGGGAUGGACCCAAUGUCGGAAUACGUUCUACUCAUGGAUUUUAUUCCUGUUGACGACAAAAGAUACAGAUACGCGUUCCACAGCUCGUCCUGGCUGGUGGCGGGACGGGCGGAUACGGCAGCUCCCAGUCGGAUGCACUUCCACCCGGAUUCUCCCGCCCGUGGAGCUCAGUGGAUGAAACAGACGGUGUCGUUUGACUCGCUCAAACUCACGAAUAACCUGCUCGAUGACAACGGACAUAUGAUCCUAAACUCCAUGCAUCGUUACCAGCCUCGGUUUCAUGUCGUCUACGUGGAUCCGGCUCCAAACAGUCAUUUAAACGCACACAGAAACUUCAGCUCCUUCUCCUUCCCCGAGACACGUUUCAUGGCCGUCACCGCCUACCAGAACCACAGGAUCACACAGUUGAAGAUCGCCAGUAAUCCAUUUGCCAAAGGCUUCAGGGCCUCAGACGCUCAGGAGUGGCCAGGGACUUCAAGACCUCUCCCAGUGUUAUGUCCAUCAGACAACAGAAGGGGGCGCCUGUCAUCCAAAGAGCAGGACUGGACAACAAGACAAACAGACAGAGGCUGUGAUGUGGAACAGAGCAGACUUUUCCCACACGGUUUAGACUCACCUGAACUCACCGCUCACAGGAAAGAAGAGGAGAACUUCACAGCCUCGUUCCUCCCUCUGCCUUUGUACUGGGACUGUCCUGGACUGUCACACGAGAGACCACCACAGCCGUAA